AGCGCGACGGAGAAAAGCUCCCGGUAAGGAGCUGCGGGUGUAUUUGAAUUCAAAGUGAAAUGCUCAAGUGAACAAAGGAAAGGCAGCAAGCGUUUUCGGUGGCUUUUUUAGCAACACAAGGAAGUUUGAGAGUUUGAAGCAGACGUGUAAGCGCAGGGCCUGUUCCUACUCCGAAGGAGUGAUUGAAGAGAUUUUAGUGAGCGACUGUAAGGAUUUACAAUUAGAAUCAAAAUGGUGUUGCUAGUGAAAAGAAUUGUUCCCGUAUUCGUCAUCCUGGCCGUCGUGCAGCGGUUAGGCGCUCAAAGGGAUUAUUGCGACAAAUCGUUGUGCAAAAACAACCAACCACACGUUGCCUGCGGCAAGGGCGACAGCUAUGGUCCAUUCUGUCCGCCGAACCGAGAGCUCGUUCCCCUGUCGGAGGAGGUUAAACGAUACAUCCUCGACUUGCACAACCAAUUCCGGAGUACCGUGGCACGGGGUGAUGUCACCGGUUAUUCGCCCGCUUCCCGUAUGCCAACAUUGGUGUGGAACGACGAGCUGCAGAAGCUGGCCGAGUACAAUGUGAAAACAUGCAUCUACGGACACGAUUACUGUCGAAACACUCCGGAGUUUCCGCUGGUCGGUCAGAACAUUGCCGCCAACUCGUUCUACGGCAUGGAAGUAACUCCAUUGGAUACGAUGACUGAGCUGCUGUACAGUUGGUACGGGGAGUAUGAGAACGGCAACAUGGAUUUCAUAAACUCCUAUCCACUGCUGGGACAUGAUCCUCCGAAGGAUAUCGGCCACUUCACACAGAUCAUGAUGGACCGGGCGGUAUCGAUCGGUUGCGCCAUGAUCCAGUACACCCAGAACGAACAGGGCCACGACUGGGUGCAUCAGAACUACGUCUGCAACUAUUCCAACUCGAUAGCACGAGGCCAUCCGGUGUACAUUGAAGGGCCUACCUGUUCCAAGUGUCUAACCGGAUGCAGUAGUGUCUAUCCGGGAUUGUGUAACGUCGGCGAACCGGUGGAACCGACCAAGACGUAGUUCGUCACUGAGACCGGGGAGGUAUUUACGAGUGUGGAUGGAAUUGUGGAAAUUCAUGCAGCAGCUUAAUAAUCAUGUACAUACGUAUCUUUUAGCCGAGCGAGAGACAGAAUGAUUUAACUAAUUUACUAACUCAUUCAAGUGUAUGCCCUAAGGACAAUGAUAUAAAUUAUUUUCGUAGCAAACGAGCAGAGCAGAAACCGUUUUUAUUACUCAUUCAUCCCAAAUCAUUUUCCCCAUUUUUGUGCCGCUAAUUAUGUUUAUUUUCAGGGAUUGUACGCAAGUUUUCAGCAAUUCAUCGAGGAUCUUUUUUCUGUCAUGUUGAGGAGUUAAUUUGCGUGUUUUUGCAUCUGAUUAAACACGUCCAUUAACUCUGGUACAUGAUGAUAAAAACGAGCACCGCACGGAAAAACAACUAACCGAAUGUGACUGUAAAAAUAAAUGAAAAUAAAAUCAAGUGAAUUGAAUACCACCAAAAACGACUAUGUUUCAA